ACCACUUGGCAAGUGCAGCCUGGAGCAUAUGCAAUGAGGGAAAGGGAAAUCUGUUUGGACGACAAAUGCGAAACCUAAGUCUUGUGUCUGCAACUGCAAGAGAGAUCAAUAGCGACCUGAACCCAUAAAAAGAAAGGCAAUUCACUAGUGUCCAGCCGAGGAAAACGAAAUGGGAACACCCCUGCACAGCAAGUGACUGCACUGUAUAAGGGACUUAUACGGUUGGACUUCUGCAUCUGUGAAGGGGUUGGAGUUGCAAGACAGUUCAGACAGGAAGCUCCAUGCAUAUCUGCUGUAUAUUUUUUAUUUAAGUUCAGAGAAGAGUCAUCUCCUCCUUGUAUUCGAUUUACCGAAUGUGUCCAAUGCACCCGUCCUCGGAGGAAUAAAGGAGAACCCAACCCAUGCCUUGGGACUUGUGCAACUGUCGCUCUUUUUAAAUCAAAUUCACCUGAGUUAGACAUUUUUUUUUAUUAUUUGUUUCCUAUCACGUUGCUUAUAUGAGUGCAACUUUUCAACCGCCAACCUUAAUGAUGAUGCAGCGACCCUUGGGAAGCAGCACGGCGUUCAGCAUUGAUUCCCUAAUAGGCAGUCCUCCCCAGCCUAGUCCAGGCCACUUUGUCUAUACAGGGUACCCGAUGUUCAUGCCUUAUCGGCCAGUGGUACUGCCACCUCCUCCCCCACCUCCUCCCCCAAGUUUACCCCAGCCAGCUCUACCACCCUCCCACCCGCACCAUCAGAUACCAAGCUUACCAGGGGGGUUCUGUUCUAGCCUUGCACAGGGCAUGGCACUCACGUCCACAUUAAUGGCAACCUUGCCCAGCACUUUUACAGCCUCUGGUCAGCACCAAGAAGGGGCCAGGAAGUUCGGUACUCCAGUGAUGCAAGGCAGCUUUGACAAGACAGAAGGGUUACAGUCAGAAAACGAAGACGGCAAGUCUUUCACGCAGGGCAAGGAGAAUUGUCUGCUGUCAUUUUCCUCCUCCGACCCAGUACAACAGUCUCUAGGUGUUGUGAGGAACCAAAGCAAAGACGAUCCGAGGGUAGAUGAGGAUUCCAACAGAGGCAAAGACGAAAGUUUCUCACUGGACAGUGACCUCGAUUAUAGUUCAGACGAAAAUUGUCCGAACCCAGGAGCAGCGAUCCCAAAGGAAGACGAUUCCAACAUACAUGGGAUGGAUGAGGGCAGUCAGCAAGGCAACGGUUCAAACCUUUCCAGCACCACCUCCAGUGGCAAAAACCGGCGGAGGAGGACGGCAUUUACAAGUGAGCAGCUUCUGGAGCUAGAAAAGGAGUUCCACUGCAAGAAGUACCUGUCUCUUACUGAAAGAUCUCAGAUUGCACAUGCCCUUAAGUUGAGUGAGGUGCAGGUCAAAAUCUGGUUCCAGAACCGCAGGGCUAAAUGGAAACGGGUCAAGGCAGGCAAUGCUAACUCUAAGACAGGAGAGCCUAACAGGAACCCCAAGAUUGUAGUGCCCAUACCAGUUCAUGUUAGCAGGUUUGCCAUUCGGAGUCAACACCAACAGCUGGAGCAAGCGAGACCCUGAUCCAGGUAGGGGUCUGCAUGGGGACAGCAUAGGGCAGGUAUCUUGCAUAAAAGAACAAAUAAAAAGUGGUAACUGAAAUAAAAGGUUACGUAUCAAUGUGGUGAAAGGGGCUUGUACCUUGUGAAGUACUUAAGGACCACUUGAAUGGGACCUACAACUUCUGGCCUGCAUGCCCAAAACCGCCAGUCGAGGAACCCUGAGCUGUGAAUAAAUGACUGUCACUUUACAGCCAAUGUAUUUUAAUGGAAUCAAGUACUGAAACACAAAUUAAUAUUUAUUUAAAUUCUUUGAUUAUUUGUAUAUAAGUACUAAAUGAUAUGAACUGUUCUGGGACCAAAUUAAUAUCUUCAGACAUUCCAGGAGAACAUCACAAACAAAAACAUAUUAAAGUUGUUAAGAUCAUUUUGUGUUCUUUAAAUGUUCAUUUCGAGGUUAAGAUGAAGAAAUUAAUUGACCCGUGUAUUUUAUGUCUGACUGCUGUUAUCAUUAAAUUUACAGUCAGGCAAAGUGCCCCUUGAUGCUUCUGCUGUAGUGUCUUAUUCUUUGUUAUUUUUAUUUUAUUUUGGUUGUAUAUGGAAAUAUUCUGCCCCCUCUGAGUAUUUGUACUUAUUUAUUGCAGUGCCAGUUAUUUUGUAUAAGUUAUCAUAGAUAAACGAAUGUCUUAUGUGAAUAAAGCGGACCAGCAAUUAUGUACAGAA